AAUGAAUCAAAUUGGAACUGCGUAUUCCUUUAAAGAUAUUACAUUAGCAAAUUCCAAUGAUGCGAUUGGCAAAACUCUUAAUGACUUACAAAAAUACAGAGUUGUAAUAAGAUCAUUUUUAUGGGAAAACCAACCUUAUUCUAACCAAAUAUAUCUGAUACGAAGCAAAAACUAUUAUGAACUUUACAAUGGAAUCGAUAAAUUGAAGCAAGAUACUUACUGGAAUCCAAGAGCUAAAUUUAUAAUUAUUAUUAAUAAUAUGAUUGGAUUUAUGAAUGAAACUUCUAGACUACUCGUAUUAAAUAAUAUUUUUAAUGUAAUUGUUGUUACAAAAACAAAGGAAGUCAACAAUUUCUCUCUAUACGGGUUUUUACCAGUGAAAGACAAUUGUAAUAGGCCUAAAGUGAGAACACUCCAAUUGGUUUCAAAUUGUACAAAACUUGGCGAAAUAAACAAUUUUCUUUUUAGAAUAUCAGUCUUUCCAAGUGAUUGUAAGGUGAAGUUAUUUACUCGCGAAUACGAGCCAUUCAAUUACGCUCCAGGAAAAGGCAUAAGUGGAAUAGAUGAGUACAUUUUAAAGUUAUGGGAACAAAGGCAUAAUAUGACUAUUGAAUUAAGAAAUACUGGUAGAAGUUCAAGAAUAGAAAAUUUUAUAAAAAACUUCAGUGAUGCCAAUGCGUUUCUUUCUGAAAACCAUAAUCAUGCAGUUGGAAUGUUCGGAGGAUUCUCAUACAAUAUGGAGAGAAGGGCUGUACUAGAUUUUAGUUAUCCAUAUAUGGUUGACCAUGAUAUCAUUAUUAUUGCUCGAACACCUGAUCUUGGGAAGUGGGAAGCUAUCAUUCAUCGGUUUAGUUCCAUUAUCGGUGUUCUCUUGAUUUGUUUGUUUGUAAUAUUUUGCAUAAUGUCUUCAUUAUUACUAGUUUUUGUUAAAAAAGGAAAAGACAUAGUUCGAGACGUGCUCAUAGUUUACGGAUACUUUCUGACGAAUAUUUCUGUUAAGAAAUUGAACACUCGAUUUGUUGCUCGGAUUGUAAUAUUGAGUUUAUUGUUAUUUGUUUUCCUUAUGGUCAAUAUAAUUCAAGCUUUUUUACUGAGUGCUAGCACAAGACCUAUAAGAAGACAGCAAGUUAACGAUAUAGAGCAAGUUUACAAAACAUUUAAACCCAUUAUACUUAAAUCAUGGAAAUGGAAGUUUGAAGAUCAGACGAACGAUAUGGAUUUUUGUGACGUCGUAUCUGAAUGUAUGGAAAAACUGAUUAAUAGUAAUAAACUAAUGUUUACCUCAAUUUCAGACACCUAUUACAAUUUAAUAUCUUGGGAGAUGAUUGAUAAUUUUGGCCGAUUUCACCUUUAUAGAGUGCGUGAACCAGCAAGAUAUGUGUAUAGAGUGAUGUACUUUACUCGCGGUUCGACUGUUCUGUCCUCAUUGAAUAGACAUAUACAUAAGAUGACAGAUAAUGGUCUUAUAUCUCAUCACAUACAGACGAUGGAAUUCCAAGCUCGACUGAAAUCGAAAAUAAAGUAUUACGAUGGAUAUGACUCAACGGAUAUGUCUGAAAUAAAAGAGCCAUUUAUUGUAUUGCUACUCGGAUACUUCAUCUCUAUUUUAGUUUUUGUUUAUGAAUGUUUUUCGAAAAAAGUAUCACCUCAACAGUGAUGCCUUUGUUUACAUUUGCUUCGAUAGAAUUAAUUCGAGCACUUUGCAUUAUAAUGGACACUAUUUUUGGAACACUUGGAAAUCUGGAUAC